GCCGGAGGGGGCGGGACCGCGCGCGGGGAGGGGCGUGACUGUCACGUGACGAGGAAGUGCCGUUAACAACACUUUCUCCGCGUCCCCGGCGCCGCUGGAUGACGUCGGCAAGGGCGGGGCGGGACUUGGGGGACUAGGAUUCGAGUCUAAAGUUGAGGUUCCGCUGUCAGUGCGUGGGGUCUGUGAGGCCCGCUGACGGAAGUGGCUGCUGGGCUUUGGAGGCGUCGCGGCUGGCUGGUCAGCCUGCAACUCUGUGAGCCUCGCUUGGAAAACCCGCGUCCCAGACUCUCCUCCACAGCGACAGACGCAGUUUAAAGUCACGGCGGUUUGAAAGGUAGUUGUGAUUGACAAGAGCUUGUGGUAAGGGACUGCUCUGCUCACCAUUGUCUCCAGCGGGGCCUCCAGGACCUAGAACACGUGUACCAGCAUAGCUGUGUCUCGGAAGUGGUUGGCAUUAGGCAGCACAGGAGGAGGACUCAAUCUUAUUCAGAAAGACGGCUGGAAGCAAAGGCUGUUUCUCUCUCACCGGGAGGGUGCGAUCACUCAGAUUGCUUGCUGUUCUCAUGAUGAUGACUAUGUUGCUGUAGCUACCAGCACUGUACUGGUUUAGCACGGAAAUUUGUAUCCUGGGAAAUCAUAUCUGCUCAGUGCCCAAGCCAUCUGGGAGGAGUAUUUGGUCACCUUAGUGUUUGUGAAAAAUGCUGAUUUGAGGCAACAACAUCUAAAAUGGGAGGAGCCGCCUCUCCUUGAGGAGCCCCUGCUCACACCUGGUCAAGGUCUCGUAGUUGUUUGGGAAUUAAACCAAGAACGUCGUGGGAAACCAGAACGAAUUCAUGUAUCCUCAGAACACAAAGGCCGAAAAGUUACUGCCCUCUGUUGGGACACAGCUGUUCUGAGAGUCUUUGUAGGUGACCAUGCGGGCAAAGUAUCUGCCAUCAAACUCAGCACUUUAAAACAAGUAAAGGCAGCUGCUGCCUUUGUGAUGUUUCCUGUUCAGACAAUAAUAACAGUCGACUCCUGUGUUGUCCAGUUAGAUUAUUUGGAUGGAAGAUUACUUGUGUCUUCUCUGACUCGAUCCUUCUUGUGUGACACUGAGAGAGAAAAGUUUUGGAAAAUUGGAAACAAGGAAAGAGAUGGAGAAUAUGGAGCUUGUUUCUUCCCCGGAAAAUUUGCUGGGGGCCAGCAGCCUUUGAUUUACUGUGCACGCCCGGGCUCCAGGAUGUGGGAAGUGAACUUUGAUGGGGAAGUGCUGAGUACACACCAGUUCAAGAAGCUCUUGUCAUUGCCACCCCUUCCUGUGAUCACUACAAGAUCAGAGCCUCAGUAUGAUCCUGCAGUUGGUUCCUCCCAGUCUUUGUCAUUCCCCAAACUCUUGCAUCUUAGCCUUCAAUUUGAUUAUUUCCUGUCUUCUACUCCUCCUGGUGAACACUGUGUGCUGACAUGGACAGAAAAAGGAAUUUAUAUUUUCAUUCCUCAAAAUAUUCAAGUUCUUCUUUGGAGUGAAGUCAAAGAUAUUCAGGAUGUAGCUGUCUACAAGAAUGAGUUGUUCUGUUUACACUUUAAUGGGAAAAUCUCGCAUCUUUCCCUGUUGUCUGUUGAGCGCUGUGUGGAACGCCUGUUAAGGAGAGGCCUGUGGGACCUGGCUGCUCGCACAUGCUGUCUCUUCCAGAAUUCUAUCAUUACCAGCAGAGCAAGAAAAACAUUAACUGCAGAUAAAUUAGAGCAUUUGAAAUCGCAGCUGGACCUUAUAACCUGCAGUGAACUAAUUUCUCAACUGGAUGAACUGAUCUUAAAAUUUGAGCCUUUGGAUUCAGCUUGCAGUAGUAGAAGAAGCUCCAUUUCAUCACAUGAAAGUUUUAGCAUCUUGGACUCUGGUAUUUAUCGAAUCAUUAGUAGUAGAAGAGGCAGUCAGUCCGAAGAAGACUCCUGCUCCCUUCACAGUCAGACCUUCUCAGAAGAUGAAAGACUUAGAGAAUUUGCCUCGCCCCAGGAAGAAGAACAGCCAGAGCAGGACUGUGGAACAAACAGAAAUGACGACAAUGUUUCCCAUGGUCCAGUGAUGUCUGAGACAGACAAGAGUGAAGCUUUUCUGCCCUUCAGCAUUCCACUGCCAUUUCGUUCUCCAUCUCCGCUGGUGUCUCUUCAGGCUGUUAAAGAAAGUGUUUCUUGCUUUGUGCGUAAAACAACUGAGAAGAUCGGCACCCUUCACGCAAGCCCUGAGCUGAAAGAGACAUUUGAAUCCAAGGAUGUUGACCAAGCACACGAAGAGGAAGCGAAUGCAGUUACCUGCCAUCUAGAGGAAGACGCUGAGGAGAAAGAAAUUAGUCAACUUCCUGAAGAAGACAGGCUUCAAGAACUCAGAGCAGAGACAGCGGAAGCAAUGACCAAGUUACUGGACCCUCUGGUUUUAUUUGAACCCAAGUCACUAAGAACAGCUUUACAGAAGUGGCUUUCACAGUUAGAGAAAACAUUUGCCCUGAAGGGCCCUGCUGGCAUUUCCAGUAGCAGCAGUCUGCCUGUGAAAUUGAGCCCGGAUGUGCACCUCCUUAGUGAGUCAGAAGAGAGAGGAUUAGAUGAAGACAGUGAAGAAGAAAAGAGGAAUUCUUUAGGCAUUGAAGAAACUGGUGGUCAUACAGCCUGUGAAUCUGUAAGCAGCCUCAGUGAGCCCUUGGGCGACAUUUUUCGAGUGUAUUCUCCGUACACCAUAUCGAACAGUCUUGAGAAAGACCUGUCAGAAUUGACAACGCUGUGUUUGGAACUGAGUGUGCUGACCUCUGUAGUGGACAGCACAGGUGGACAUGUGGACUGUGCUUCACAGCAGCUCUCUCCUGAGGUCCUGGCUUGUCGUUUCCUGAAGAAGUAUUUUUUUCUCCUGGACUUGAAGAGAGCAAGGGAGAGUAUCAAGAUAAGUUACACCAACAGCCCUUGUGUUUGGGACACUUUUGUUGAAGGACUGAAAGAAAUGGCACGUUCUAAUCCUGCAUACACGGAGAUGGAAGACAGAGACCUGCCCACAGCAUUACAGUUACUGGAUGACUCGGUCCCUUCAGAUAGUCCCUUGUUGAUCGCGUUUGCCACCCGAUUGUAUGAUAGGUUUGGGGAGUCAGCCCUUCGAGCCUUCAUCAAGUUUUACCCGUCCAUCUCGCCUUCAGACAUUGCACAGCUUUGCCGUCACCAUCCAGCUCAGUUUUUGGCCUAUCUCGACAGUCUGGUGAAAUCAAGGCCUGAAGAUCAGUGGCCAUCCUUCCUUGAGUUCCUUCUACAACCAGAAUCUUUAAGACUUGACUGGCUGCUUUUGGCAGUGUCCCAUGAUGCUCCACCAAGCACAAGUACAGUAGAUGAUGAAGGACAUCCCAGGCCCCAUUCACACUUGCUUUCCUGGGGUUAUAGUCAGUUGAUUCUUCUUCUGAUUAAACUUCCUGCAGACUUUACAACCAAAGAGAAAAUGACUGACAUCUGUAAGUCCUAUGGCUUCUGGCCUGGAUAUCUUACCCUCUGUCUGGAGCUGGAGAGGAGGAGGGAGGCCUUCACCAACAUUGUGCAUCUGAACGACCUAAGCCUGAUGGGAGGGGACAAAGGGUGGAUCCCUGAGACCUUGGAAGAAUGGAAGCUUCUCUUACAUCUACUACAGAACAGGAGCACACAGCCAGCUCCUCAGGAGCCACUAAAUGGGAGCCUCAGUGAUGGGCCUGCUCCCAUCAAUGUGGGGAAUGUGGCACUCCUGUUAGCUAAGGCCUUGGGCCCAGAUCAGGCCUGGGCACUGCUACAGGAAUGUGGUCUGGCCCUUGAGUUGUCAGCAAAGUUUACCAGAACCUGUGACAUCCUGAGGAUCGCUGAGAGAAGGCAGAGAGCACUGAUACAAGGCAUGCUUGAGAAAUGUGACCGGUUCCUCUGGUCACAGCAGGCCUAGUGGGAGAUCUUCCAGGACAUGGUGUCAUUUUGACCACAUGGAAUCCUGCUCAGAACCUUCAGAGGGCCUUGUCGCAGAAGGAAAGGGGAUGCCUGAAACCAUGCCAGUACCAGAACCUGCCAUGCUGCUGCAGCUGCUGUUGCCACCGUCUCCACCUUGGCACUUGGCACUUGUGCUUCUGUGACCUCAAAGGUCAUCAACCAGAGCUGUCCUGGGACAAGUUGGUUGUUCACUGGGACAAGUGUGGGAGAGCUCGCUGCCAUGUGUUCUCAGGCUUACACAGUGGUGUUCACACUGUUCGUGCAUCAGGGAAUUGUUCUCUGCUGUGGCAGCUCUGUUAGGGCGGACACUGUGUUACACGAGGACAGAUAAUGUUGUGACCUGGAGUUCAGUACUGUUUACACUCGUCUGAGGCCAUCUAGAAACUACUGACGUAGGCCUAGAACAAUGACAUUUUUUGUUGACAAUAUGUAUUGAACAUUGAAGAUUCAAAUGAGAGUUUUAAAUAAAAUUGCCCGUAUCUGAGUUGAACUCAA